CCCCCCGCCCCGCCCCGCCCCAGGGCCGCCUCCACGAGGCGGAACGGAAUGGAGCCGCCUCUCGGCGCUCCCGGCAUGGAGGACGCGCACCGGGCCGCCCGCCUGGCCGCCUCCUGCCUCCGCACGCCGCUCGACCCGCGCACACGGGCUCCCGCCGCGCUCUACGAGCGAGGGCCGCCGCCCGCCGCCGCGCAGGAUGACUUCAGCUUGGAUUCAAAUACUAACAGAGAGCAGGCCUCCCUUCCAAAGAGAGACUGUGACGAGUGGAUAGACUUUUCCAAAAUGUACAAUUCAAAUCAAGAGUAUUACUUGAAGCUGGAAGAGUUGAAGAAUGCCCACAUGGAGACCAUGGCAAAACUGGAAAGUAUGUAUCAGAACAAACUGUAUUUAAAAGGAGUACAAACCUUAAAAGAAGAGAAAAGAAAUGACACCUCCCCAAAGUGCUGUAGGCCAACUUGGGACAAGAGUUCAUAUCAGCCUCUUCACCUGCACAAAUCCUUUUCAGACUCAGACUUAAGUGAUCCCUUGGGCUCAAGCGUAUCGGACACGUCUGAUGAAGAAUUAGUGUUUGAAGAAAACGGCAGCAAAGCUGGAUCAUCCUCAUUUGCUAAGCAGCAGAUUGAAAAAAUGUGGGAUGGGUUCUGCCUGGAAGACUACAUUUCCCGUGCCAAGCACAGCUUGCCCAGCUCAUCAGCCUGCAGGAAGGGGCACAAGAAAGAGAAAGUGUGGUCCCCCAGAGUCACCAUGCCCAAGCCCUUCCAGAUGACCAUCAGAGAAACUCAGAAGAAAGAGCAGAACAUCAAAUCCAAGUCACAGAUUGAGCUGGAAAAUCACUUACUGAAGAAGCAGCUGGAGGAGGAAGCAGAGUGUCAGAAAAAGUUCCGAGCCAAUCCCGUGCCCGCCACCAUCUUCCUGCCGCUCUACCACGACAUCAUGCAGCGGAAUGAGGAGCGCAGGAGGUCUGUGAGGGAGAGGAGUAAGCUCAAGCUCCUGGCUACCCAAAAGCCCUUUAAAUUCAUUGAGCGAGAGAGGCAAAAGCUUGAAGCCCGGAAAAUGCAGUUAAAAGACCUUUCCCCACCUGAAAAUAAAACUAAAGUGUUCAGAGCGAAACCAGUCCCAAAAUGUGUUUAUAGUCCAGAUUUCCGUGACAAGGUAAAGGAGGAGGAGCUCUGCAGGGAAAUCAGGAUCAGGAUGAGAGCUGAGGAGCUGCUACAAAAUUCAUCUGUACCCAACAGCAGACUGGCCUUAAAAGAGACCACCAAAAAAAAGAAACACAAGAGCACUGAACCAAAGCGAAUGGAACACAAGCUCAAGAUCAGGAGCGUUCCCGAUUUUGAACUCCUACAUGAGAAAUUCCAGAAACGCCUCCUGCAACACAAAAAAGUGAAACCCCUCACGGUCUGUGAGCCUUUCGACCUUUGUACUUCGUACAUUCCCUCAAAAAAGGACAAGAUCUUGAAGGACAUGCAAGAGGAUGAGGAAAAAUUGAAGGAAACACGGUGGCCGUUUGCCUCUCCGAGACGGAAGCCUCAGAUGGGGCAGUCAGGGGCAAACCCACAUCUCCUGGGAAAAGUAAAAUCCAAACCUCCCAAAACCACAGAAUCCACGAGACGACGCCUGCAAGCCCUAAGGAAUUCCCUUGAGGAAAAGAGAAAGCUGGAAGAACAACAGAAAAGGAACAGAAACAAGCAGAAACAAAGAACAAAAAAAUUCCAGAAAAUUGUGAUGGCUCGGGCUGAGGCCAAUGACCCACAUCAGAGCCUAGCUCAGAUGUCUAAACCCAGAUUAAAAACAUUCAGGAACAACGAGAAACAGAGAAGGCAGGAAUAUUUGCAAGAAUUACAAGAAAUGGAAGAAAGAGUAAAACAAAUGCCAUUGCUUUUUGAAAGAGUCACUCAGAAAAAUGCCAGAAUAGCUGCAGAAAAGUAUUAUUCAAACAGACUGAGAGCACUGGGGAUCUGCCCAGAGUUUGUUUCAAAGAAAGGAGGAGCAGCCAAAUCACUGCAGUUCUCCACUGCUGGAGAUUUUACCUCCAUUGCUGGUAGAGCAAGAAUCACCAAGGUUAAAGUGAAAAAAAGGGAAUCCUUUGAGGAAACAGCUGGUGACAGUCCCCAGUCUGAGCAGUCCUGGGAGGAGGAGGAAGAGAAGGGAAAAGGUGUCAAAACCUCCACCCCAGAUGAGCAGUGCAGUGACCUGGAGGAUGGGGCUGAGGCCAGAGCCAGCCCUGAUGUCCUUGAGCCUGAAUCCAUCCAGCACAGUGCUGAGGGGGAGGAGGAAGAGGAGGAGGAAGCCAAGGCAGACCUGUCACUUGGCCACUCCCAGGAGGAAGAGGAGGAGGAAGAGGAAGCAAAGGCAGGCCCAUCGCUUGGUCAUUCCCAGGUGGAAGAGGAGGAAGAAGCAAAAGCAGGCCCAUCUCUGGACCAUUCCCAGGAGGAGGAAGAGGAGGAAGAUGAGUCCAGACCCAGCUCCCAGUCUGACAGGUCCCAUGAGCAUGAGGAGGAAGCUCAGUCUGAGCCUGAAGCUGAGGGUGCCUUCCAGUAUGAGGAUGAGGAGUAUGAGAGUGAUGAUUUUGAGGAGAGGGCCAGUGAUGAGGAAGGGCACUGACAGGAAGGGCUGGGACUCAGGAACCUCUUACACUGCUGGCUGUGCUUUUUGAAGCACUUUUUGUAUUUACAAUGUUGCUUCCUCUAGAAACCAUCCCCUCCUCUACGUAGUUAUCACAACACCAAGCAGGUUAUGCUCUCUUUUCCUUUGAGGAAAAAAUUAUUACAUCAUUACCUUUUACAGCUGCUCCAGAUGAAGACAGUAACAAAAGAAUUCAAAUUCUUGAGGAAAAUGUUCAAAGCCAUCCCUGUUUUGGAAUUAAUUAUGGUCUCAUGUAAAAUCCUCAAGGCUUCUCUAAUGGCAGCAAGCAAAACAUUUGCCUGAGCUUGGCAGAUAAUAGGCACUCUAAAGAUCAAUAUAUAUUAUUAACAAUUAUAUCAGACACCAGAGAAAAACUUGGUGCUUUGCUACACAUCCAAAUUUCUGUGAAUUUUUACUUCUUAGUUUAGGAGACCUGCCAGUGCAGGAAUUCUGUUUGUUUUCCAGUAAGAAAGCUCAAGUUGCUAGUUGUCACCUGGGAAAUAAUUUACUUUUGUGUUACUCUUCUUUGUUGCACUCUUCUCUGACAUUUGUGCACCUCUGUUCUCAAAAUGAGCUGCAACCUCAUUGUUUAAUAAUAAAUUAAUAAAUUACACAGUGUGCUAUGUAA